AUGGAGAAGACAUCGAUCAAAGCAGUCUUAUUCGAUUUCAUAGGGACUUGUUUGGACUGGCACUCAAGCAUUGUCGAAGCUCUCCCGCAUGAACUAUCCGAGCAAGCUCGAUCGAGAUUCGCGCUCGACUGGAGGCAAGCGUACUUUGAUUAUAAUGCGCGACGGGUCAGCGAAGGGCGGCCGGUAGAGGACUUCGACGACACACAGCGUACAGUGCUGGACCUUUUCCUGGACCAGCAGCCUGAGAUUCAACAUCACUUCUCUCCCGACAUCAAGGAGUCGUUGGUAGCCGCAUGGCACCACCAACACGCCUGGCCCGAUGUCGCUCCCGCACUGCACAAGCUCCGGCACCAUCGAAAACUGCAGAUCUAUGUCCAUGCCAACGGCAGCACGCGUCUGCAGCUAGAUCUCGCCAAGUCGGCGGGGUUGCAGUACGACAUGCUGUUUUCCAGCGAGUUGCUGGGGUGUUACAAGCCGGCACCAGAGAACUACCGCAAAGUGCUCAAGCUUUUACAACUCAAGGCUGCAGAGUGCGUCAUGGUAGCUGCCCAUGACUAUGACCUGCAAGGCGCGAAGGAGGUGGGUAUGAGGACGGUGUAUGUGUACCGAUGGACCGACGACAUCCUGGAGGACCAAGAGGCGAUCAAGCGAGCCCGUGAUGCAUAUUUGUUGGACAUGAGUAGCUUAGAUUCCGUUAUUGCGAGUCUGUAA